AUGUUUCGCUUGCUUCCUUGGUCCUCUGCACUCGGAGGAAAUAAGGUGAUGGCGGAGGAGCUCAAGAUGCUCGCCAUUUCGCCACACUGUGCUUCCCCCGGCCUCAACAGCCUCGCCCUGCCCCAACUCAAGCGCAAACGAUCCGGUUCCACUGAUGCAGCCGCUGACGAAGAUGCUCCGGUCGCAACCAAGUUGCGAUGCGAUGACGCGUCCAGAAAGUCCUCCAGAGCAUCCGCGCAGUCGGGAGGUGCGGCCUCGCCCGAGGAGAGCCCGUCCAACAGCUUUCCAUCGCAAUCAUCACGGUCGCCACAUCGGCGCAAGGGCUCCAGCGCUUCCAGCGCUGCCGUCGCCGAUCAACCCACUGCUCCGCGCAAGGUCGAUACCGACGCGCUGCGAGAGACAUUAGAGGCCCAGCUGAGCUUGGAGGUCUUGUUGAAACAUAAUGAAUUGCGUUUGAUUGACCAGGAGAUUGCGAAAUGCCAAAUCGCGCUCGAGCAAUUGCGCCGGUGCGCUGAGAUCCCAUAUCCGGGAUCGCAUGUCGCCGCCGGUGCGUCCCAGUCCGUGAGCAACGGGACAGGGAUGGCUGUGCAUGUCCCUGAAAAUGGGCCGGCACCGCUCUCGCCUGCCCCGUGGGGAGUCACAGAUGGGCCUUAUACCCGCCACUAUGCUCGAUGGUUAAUCCCUGACCCGCGCUUUGAUGGCGGCGAAUUCGCUUCUACGACACCCCUGACGCCUGGGGCGGUGGGUACUCCUGCGGCCGAGGGUCGCUCCACCCGCGGGAAUCCCUCAGAGGGCUAUCUGGCCAACAAAUCCCGUUUCCAGAGAGGCUCGAUGGGCGCAAGGUUGCAGUCUCUGCCGACGGGGUACCCGACCCCCAAGGAAAAGGCGGGCCCCAUGAUCAUGCGGCGAAAGUCGGAUGGCGUGAUGGUGAAACUGAUCUGCUUGGAUUGUCGAAGAGACAACUUCUCGAGCACACAGGGCUUCAUCAACCACUGUCGUAUCGCUCACAACCGGAGUUUCGCCAGUCAUGAUGCGGCUGCGAUGGCGUCGGGUGAGCCCGUCGAAGUGGACGAAGCGGGUGCCGUCGUACCGCAGAAGAACGAGACUCCGACCGCGGCUACGGCGGGUUUCGUCCAUCCGCUCAUUCGGUCUGCUCAUGUGAUCGAUCCAUCGCCGCCGAAGGCCGCUCCCUCGCCCUCGCCAGCUGCCGGUGACGCUGCAACGCCGCGAAGGCGCUCCGUCCCCAGCCGACGGGCCUCGUCUGCGGUGGAAACACCCACUCUGCGAUCGUCCCCGGGCAAACGCGCCUCGCCUGCAGGGUCGAAAACAGCCCCCGUGAACUCGUUCUUGGGGUCUCCCGACACCCCGCAUCUAUCCUCUCUGGUGAAGCGCAGAGGGGUCGGGCUGGAUCUGGACCAGCUCGUUGGAGAGGCGAAGACGACGGUGGAUCUCGAAGGGUAUUCCUCUGGUGCCGAGUCCGAAGAUGAACUCACACAAACAGCUGCCGUGUUCAAGUCGCGGGCCCAGAAGCCUCUUGGGAAUCGCGUUGCGAGACAGCCAAUGCGAACCACGGGCCCACAAGCUGCGUCCCAACGGCCAGGCAGCCGCAAAGGAAUGAUGAAUCAGACAAGCCUUGGAUCCCCGCGGGAUGCAUCUAGUCGGUCGCCGUAUGCGAGUGCAUCUUCUGGGGCCAAAUCCACCCCUAUGGAGGAGGAUCUGCGGGAAGAACUGAGCCCAACUACUCUAGAAUCGAACCAAGCCCCAAGCCUCGUGAGUGAUGACGAUGAAUACGGCGCGGCUUCGGAAUCCGAGAGCCCCGGCCCCAGUUCGUCCGAGGCGGAUGAGCCCGACGAGGAGUUUAGCCACAUCGAUGUGGAGGAUGAUGAAGAAGAAGCCGCGGCGUCGACGGCUGCCACCGAUCCCAAGUCGUCGGAUCCGGACAUGGCCAGCGGCGCAGCCCAUCCGUCGACGCGCUUAUCGCGAUCGUUGCGACGCGGCAACACGAAGAAGAAAGACCGGCUCGUUGCUCCUUCGAUGGCCCCAGUAAGAUCGGGUAAGGGUGGGAAACGGGUGAGCUUCGUUAGCCCCCACAACACUCCAGUUAAGGGCAAGAGAAACGCCCCGAAGAAAUCCAGUGGACGCAAACUAUAG